UCUAAACAUAAAAGUAAUAUUAAAUUCACGUUUAAUUGUCUGGACAGAAAACUUAAAAUUAUAGUAACGAAAACGUGCAAAUCAUUAAUAAUUAAUUUAUUGCAUGCUUAUUGUUUGCUCAUGUCCAUUUGUUUUGGAAUAUUUUGCCAAAGGAUCCGACCUGUUUCUUUUACAUAGAUUUGUUUGCCCUCGCUUUCAAUUAUUUUCCUUGUGAUGCAGUCGACCGUUUACAGACGCGAUAAUUGUUAUUGUACAGCAAAAAUCAUCUUCACCAAAACAUACAAAGCUUUUCGUUAAACAAUCGUGCUAAAUUGGAACAUAAUAGAUAGACAACAUAAUGAUUUCACCCGAAGGAAUAAGGUGUGAUCCAUACCAGAUAUUUGAGGUGGAACAUAAGCCAUGCCUCAUCCUCGAGGUCAAAGUCGUCAGGGGUCGCAACAUCACCUUGAAUUUGAGAGAUUAUGUUGACACUCCGGACCCCUACGUAAAGCUAUUUAUACGGACGGCUCCCGAAGGCAGACGACAGACCAAAUCUCGCAAGAACGACAUAAAUCCGGUCUGGGAUGAGAAUUUCACGUUUUUACUCAACGAGACAGUACAAAACACAAUGGAAAUCUGGUUGAUGGAGGAAAAUUUGCCGCCGCUCGUGUACGAUGUGAUUGUUGGAUUAGCUGAGUUUGACCUUGGAACCCUGACACGUGACAGGUGGCACAAAAAGACAUUCAUGUUUAACAAGGUGUCAGAGGUUGACAUAGAGAUGAAGAUUUCGCUUGAUCAGAAGCCUACGUUACGCUACAGUCUGUGCUUAUGUGAGCAGGAGAAGUCGUUUUUAACUCGUCGAAAGGUCAAGGUCAUGGAGGCUAUGAAACAGUUGCUGGGAGAAAAAGGGCCAAAUAAUGUGGACGAGGUGCCGACCAUUGGUAUAAUCGGUUCCGGCGGCGGGUUUCGAGCUUUGGUGGGCCUUAGUGGCGCCGUCAAGGGCCUCUACGACGCCGGCAUAUUCCAGUGCGCCACAUAUCUGUGCGGGCUCUCUGGGUCGUCAUGGUAUAUCUCCACCCUGUACUCCCACCCAAACUGGCCGAAAAUGGCCCCUGGUGAUAUGCAGCACGAGCUGAAGAAUAACAUCGACUCCAGUCCACUGUGGCUGCUGAAACCGCAAACAGUAUACAGGUUUAUGGACAAUAUAAUGAAGAAGAGACGGAACGGCCAACCGGUCAGUUUUACCGACAUUUUUGGUCACAUGAUCGGGGAGACUUUACUAGGCAACAGGUUGCACAGUCGGUUGUCGGAGCAGCAGACGAAGCUUACAGACGGCGCGAUACCGAUGCCUCUACUUACGUGCGUGCACGUGAAGAAAGACAGAUCCGCUCGCAGUUUCCAAGAGUGGGUAGAGUUUUCACCAUACGAGAUCGGUAUGGCCAAGUACGGCACGUUCAUGCCUACUAAGUUAUUCGGCUGUAAAUUUUUCAUGGGGCAACUGGCCAAGGAGUACGAGGAACCUCCACUCCAUUUCCUGCAAGGUAUCUGGGGCAGCGCCUUCUGCAUUCUCUUUAAGCGUCUCUUCGAGGACAACAAACGCAUCGAUCCAGUGGAGAUGAUCAGACAGGAAAUGGCUAAGGCUCUGGAAGAAAAUGAUCAGGAUGAAAGCAGCGAAAGUAGCGACGAAGGAGAUUUUAACGACGAAGAGUCGUCAAUUAAGUUAGUGGACAACGUGAAGAAGUCUUCCUCCCAGUCUGCUAAUCUCAGACCUAACGGCUCAACCGGAAGCGGUCUUUCCGUGGACAGCGCUCCUAAACGUCAGAUUUCUACGAGGCGAACAAAACGCAAGGGAUACUGGACAGAGUUUCUGGAAGGUGUUUUUGAAAAUAAACGCUUUGAAUUACUGAGCACUCGCGCAGGUCGGGCCGGUGUGAUCCACAACUUCAUGAGAGGACUUUCUCUGCAACAGAGUUACCCCAUUUCUCCAUUUUCCCCCAUUAAUAAGGAGCCACCAGAAGUUCCCAAUAAAGUUGACGGAGCAGACGAAUCGGCACUGAGGCCUCUUAGUGACGACUUCGACGGUAUCUUCGAAAUGCAUCCGACCACGGAGAAGCACCUGUACGUGGUGGACGCGGGCCUCACGUUCAACUCGCCCUACCCCGUGGUGCUUCGGCCGCAGCGCGAGGUAGACAUUAUCCUGUCCUUCGACUUCAGCGCCCGACCCAGCGACUCAAGUCCGCCUUUUAAGGAGCUGCUUCUAGCAGAAAUGUGGGCCAAGAAGCACAACGUGAUGUUCCCUCCCAUUGACACGACCGUACUCGACAGAGAGGGCAUGAAGGAGCUGUAUAUCUUCAGGCACCCCACUGAAGCCAACUGUCCCAUUGUACUACACUUCUGUCUCGUCAACGUUGAGUUUCGGCAGUUUGUUAAACCGGGUAAGCCGAUUCGCAAACGUUUGCGGCGAAGAACGGAAGAAGAAAAACAGUUCGCCGAUUUCGACAUAUUUGAUGACCCAGCCGCUUCAUAUUCAACAUUCAACUUCACGUAUCCUCAUCUCGCAUUUGAAAGACUAUCUAAACUGACCGAGUUCAACGUCUUAGUAAACGUUGACACCAUCAAGAAGGUGAUCGUAGAGAUAAUUGAAAAGAAACGUGCUGAGCCGCCUAAGUGCCCGUGCAAACUAGAAGAUGUGCCAUUACUACGGAGAGUGUCCCUAAAAAAACGACUGUCAAAGUUCCUUCCGCGUAUUUACAGCGGUCAAUUUAGUAAAAGAGAUGCCGCCAAACACCUUAGCGAGUCAAUCGAUGACAUUCCUGGGGAAACUCUAUGUGGCAAUGAUGCACCGGAUUAUGUGUCAGACCAACAUUAGUAUGUGCCAGUGACGAGCGAGAACGUACCAAAAAUAACACAAACACGCGCAAUUACUAGGAAAUCACCGCUUUCCAACGGGACUUAUACAUCGUUCAAUGGAGAAAGGUAUCAAAAUACGCUGGGUUGCCUAUACGCAGCAUGUCGUUAGAUGUCUCGGAGGCGUCGAGAGAUGAAGAGGAUACGGCGCUUCGAGACACACCAGGACGAAGGAAACCCGUGCAACUGGAGAAAUAAAAACAGUGGCAAGAUUCAAAGUGCAACUCUAUUGACGUGGACGACGGGGAUACUCGAUUCUAUACAGCAAUUGAGUCUCCAAGAUAACACCCCCCCCCGCACAUCAGAUCAAUAAGGAUUUAAGAAUCGAGACAAUUCUCGCACAUCAAUGGUCAUGGCGUAUAGUUGAAGAAGUGCGGAAAUGCGUCAAGAGAAGUGCCGGUGUAAUUUAACAAUUUAAUUAAUUAUGAAAGUUUGAUUAUGAAUAUGUCACUUGAAACAUGUAUUAUCAUUACUGAUGCUUUUGCAGUUGCAUUUUGGGUUUUUGAUAUUACCAAUUUGAACAUGGAACUGAGGUGUUACUAACUAACACUAAGUAUGGUGAAAAUACUUAUAAACAUUGUGGUGAUAAAAUCAUAUAUGCAUAAUGUAUACACAUACGAGUUAUACUUAAUUAGUGGUUUGAAUUAAUAGCGAUCCAAAAUGAGUAGAGAUACCCGACCGACUUAAAAUAUGUUAUACGUAUGGAACGGACACAAAAGUUUCAUCAGAAAAAAAGAGCUUUAAAGAAACAAAUUAUAUGAUGAACAAAGUUAAGACUGUGUCAUAAAUGAAGUUGGCUUAUUUGAUCAUGUGAUAUGACUGCUAGUAUUUAAUACUAUUUAUGUUCGUAUAUAAUGUUUAUCUCUACAGUAUACAAUAUCUUUACAAGAUUAAUGUAUUUUAUUCUAUUGCAAUUACAAACUCUGAUGUACAUAAUAUUAUAUGUCUCUGAGUAUUUACAUGAACCUUAUGAUUGAACUUGAAUGUAAACGUUUAUCAAAUGAAUGUCUAGAAAUAAAUAAAUACAUUGCGACGAAAAUAUUGGGAAUACAUGUGCACAUUUACAAACGAAAUACUUCAUUUGUAAAAUAAAUCUUUAUAAAAAAGGUGCAAAGGUUUAUGAAAGACUAAAAAUAAAUGAUACUGGUGCCAAAGCAAAACAAAAACCGAUUGUUUUUAUUUACCUAUAGAAGUGAUAGCACGCAUGUACAUAGACAGCUUUUGGUAGUCUUAAGAUACAUUCGAUCAAUCUAUUGUUGGGGUUUACAGGUUUGACCGCAGGGCGGUCUGUCUGUGUGUUAUAUUUAUAUGAUUUCAAAGUGUUACAUUAAUCAUUAUUGAGAAUGUAAAUACAGAUUAGACGAUUGCCUUUAUAAUCAUAAUAAAAUGUUGUAGUCAAAACGAU